CAACCACCCAUACCAGAAAACAAGGUCCCAUCUUGAUCCUAAAGCAUAAACCUUUCAACUCCCCACAAACUAUAUAAACCAACCCAACAAGAUUACAAACAAAACAAACCAACAAGAGUGAAGAGGGAACAAGAUCAAAGCCUACCUCUCAUCCCUCUUCUUCUAAUCUCUCACCUCUCUCUCUCUCUCUCUCUAAAAUGGCUUCCUCUCUCUCCCUCAUCUCCCCCCACACCCUCAACCUCCGCACCCCCAAAACCCUCAACCUCCGCGCCCCUCGCCGCCCCAUGUGCAUCAAAGCCCGCACCGUCCCCGCCCUCACUCAAGACGACCUCAAAAAGCUCGCCGCCGACAAAGCCGUCGAGUACGUCAAGUCCGGCAUGGUCCUCGGCCUCGGCACCGGCUCCACCGCCGCCUUCGUCGUCUCCAAGCUCGGCGAGCUUCUCGCCUCCGGCGAACUCACUGACAUCGUCGGCGUCCCGACCUCAAAACGAACCGAGGACCAAGCCCGCAGCCUCGGCAUCCCUCUCUCCGUCCUCGACGACCACCCCAGAAUCGACCUCGCCAUCGACGGCGCCGACGAGGUCGACCCCAAUCUGGACCUGGUCAAAGGCCGCGGCGGCGCGUUGCUGAGGGAGAAGAUGGUGGAGGCGGCGUCGGAGAAGUUCGUGGUGGUGGCGGACGAGACGAAGCUGGUGGCAGGUCUUGGAGGCAGUGGGCUGGCAAUGCCGGUCGAGGUGGUUCAGUUUUGUUGGAAAUAUAACCUCAUUAGGUUGCAGGAGUUGUUUAAGGAGGAAGGCGUCGAGGCCAAGCUGAGAAUGGAGGGUGACAAGCCUUAUGUGACUGAUAAUUUUAACUACAUUGUGGAUUUGUACUUCAAGACGCCGAUCAAAGACGGGCCGGCGGCAGGGAAGGAGAUUUCGGUGCUGGAGGGGGUGGUGGAGCAUGGGUUGUUCUUGAAUAUGGCGACCGCGGUGAUCAUUGCAGGGAAGGAAGGGGUGGAUGUGAUGAAGAAGUGAGUUUGGUGGUGGAGGUGAGUGAAUGAAACUCUCUCUGUACUACUAGUUAUUUGUUGUGCGAUAUUUGUAUUGAUAGAUUGGUGAUAUGGAUAAUUGGUAGAGGUUUUUUUGUUUUUUUUUGUUUUCGGAUUUGGUGGUGUUUGUUGUUGUUUGUAAAGAAUGGUGAUUUGGAUUGGUUAGAGUAGGGAUGAUACUAAAGGUGGAAACUUUGAAAUGUGCAA